AUGCUUCGUUCUGUCGUUAAAGGUGCUUCACAUUGUUUGUCAAAUAAGAAUUCAUCAUCUUUGCUGGUUAGUCAAAGAUUGUUGAGAUCAUCACAACAACAUUAUUCCACCGGACCAACAUUCCAAUAUGAAGAUCUCUUCCAAGUUGGAAAAGAUGGAACUGAAUAUAGGUUAGUCAGCAAGGAUCACAUUUCCACCAUCUCUGUUAAAGAUGAAAAAAGUGGUGAAACCAAGGAAAUUUUAAAAGUUGAACCAGAAGCCCUUUCAAAGAUCACACAAGCUGCCAUUUCUGAUAUUCAAUAUCUUUUACGUCCAGCCCACUUAAAACAACUUUCAAAUAUUUUGAAGGAUCCAGAGGCUUCCCAAAAUGAUAGAUUUGUAGCCAUGACUCUUUUGAAAAAUGCAGUUAUUGCAUCUGGAAGAAAACUUCCUGGUUGUCAAGACACCGGUACUGCUAUUGUUAUGGGCAAGAAGGGACAAUUUGUUUGGACUGAUGGAAAGGAUGAAAAACAUAUUUCAGAAGGUGUUUUCAAUACAUACACCAAGCAAUAUUUGCGUUAUUCUCAAGUUGCUCCAUUAAAUAUGUACGAGGAAAAGAACACUGCUUGUAACUUGCCAGCUCAAAUUGAUUUAUAUGCCACUGAUGGUGAUGAAUACAAGUUUUUAUUUAUUGCUAAAGGUGGAGGUAGUGCCAAUAAGACUUAUCUUUACCAACAAACAAAGGCAUUGUUGAACCCUGCCUCACUAAUGAAAUUCUUGGAAGAAAAAAUCAAAUCAAUUGGUACAUCUGCCUGUCCACCAUAUCACUUGGCUAUUGUCAUUGGUGGUUUGAGUGCUGAACUCACUCUUAAAACUGUCAAAUUGGCCAGCACCAAAUAUUAUGAUGAAUUGCCAACAUCUGGUAGUCCAGGUGGUAGAGCUUUCCGUGAUGUUGAAUUGGAAAAGGAAAUUUUAAAACUGACUCAAAAAAUGGGUAUUGGUGCUCAAUUUGGCGGUAAAUAUUUCUGUCAUGAUAUUAGAGUUAUUCGUUUGCCACGUCAUGGUGCUUCCUGCCCUGUUGGUAUUGGUGUCUCUUGUUCUGCUGAUAGACAAGUAAAAGGAAAAAUUACCAAGGAUGGUAUCUAUUUGGAAAGAUUAGAAACUGAUCCAGCCCAAUACCUCCCAGAAGUAAAAGAAAAAGAUUUGAGUGAACAAGUUGUCAAGAUUGACUUGAAUAGACCAAUGAAGGAUAUUUUGAGUGUUCUGAGCAAAUACCCAAUCAAGACAAGACUUUCAUUGUCUGGUCCAUUAAUAGUUGCUCGUGAUAUUGCCCAUGCUAAAUUGAAGGAAAGACUUGAUAGAGGAGAAGGUUUGCCAGAUUAUGUCAAAAAUCAUAUUAUUUAUUAUGCUGGUCCAGCCAAGACUCCUGAAGGAUAUGCCUCAGGUUCUUUCGGUCCAACCACUGCAGGUAGAAUGGACUCAUAUGUAGACCUCUUCCAAAAGAAUGGUGGUAGUUUAAUCACUUUGGCUAAGGGUAACAGAUCUCGUGAAGUCACUAAAGCUUGUUCUGAAAAUGGUGGCUUCUAUUUGGGAUCUAUUGGUGGUCCAGCUGCUAUCUUGGCUGCUAAUAACAUCAAGAAGGUUGAAGUUGUUGAAUAUGCUGAGUUAGGUAUGGAAGCUAUCUGGAAGAUUGAAGUUGAAGAUUUCCCUGCAUUCAUUAUUGUUGAUGACAAGGGUGCUGACUUUUUCAAGGAUUUGAACUAAAUUUUCCCACCAAUUUUCUUUCCUAUUGCGUGUUUUUUAGAAAUAAAACUAUUGUUUUAGUGUU